AUGGCUGCGGCGGGACUCUGUGUUGCCGGGCCGGCAGGGCAUGUCUUCCUGGGUUGGAUGGAGCAGCACGUCAUGGCAGCCACUCCGAUGAGCCGGACAGCUGUGGCCCUCAAGUUCACUCUGGAUCAGGUCCUUGGCCUGGUGCUCUGGCAAGCGGCUUUCCUCACAAUAAACCCCAGCUACCGUGCAGCGGCUCGAAACCUGUUGCGCGGCCGGGAGACGGCAGUGGUGUAG